AAAGUAGAUUAUAUUAUCACAUAUGAAUUUCCUGAAUCAAGCUAAGGGAUUGGUCGCCAAGAAGACCGAGUUGGAGAAGACUCUGGACCAGGCUCUUUCGAACGAGAACUGGGGAGCCUCUGGAACGAUGCUGAACGAUCUCGCUCAGGCGUCCUACAACGAUGCUGACUACAGAGUGAUUUCUGAGGCUAUCUGGAAGACCCUCGCUGUCCAGCCCAAGUACUGGAAGCAGAUUUUCAAGGCUCUGAACCUGAUUGACCAUCUGAUCCGUAACGGAUCUCCCCGCAUUAUCGAUGACACCCGUGAUCGUAUCGAGAAGCUGCGCGCUCUGCAGGAGUUCUCCUUCAAGGAGCAGCAGUACGAGCGUGGAAACGGAAUCCGCGAGAAGGCCUCUCUGAUCAUCGAGCUUCUGGACGACGAUUCUCGUCUCCGUUUCGAGCGCAAGAAGGCCAAGGAGCUCAAGCAGAAGAUGGCCUCGCGCCAGAACGCUGUGGGCGGCGGCGCUCCUGCCAGCGCGGGUCCGCAGAUGCGCCAGCCGUCGCGUCCGAUGCCUCGCAGCCGCUACGACGACGACGACUACGACCGUCCUCGCCGCCGUCGCUUCAGCGAUGACGAGGACGAGCGGCCGCGUCGCCGCCGCGCGGAUGUGAGCGACGAUGAGGACGAGCGUCCGCGGCGGAAGCCGGUGAAGAAGGCGUCGCGGUACGACGACGACGACGAAGAGGAGGAGAAGCCGAAGAAGCGCGUGGUGAAGAAGGCGGCGAAGAAGGCGCCGGUGAAGAAGGCGGCGAAGAAGGCGGCGGCGGUGGAGGACGAGGACUUCGACGAGGACGAGGAGGAGGAGAAGCCCAAGAAGAAGGCGCCGGUGAAGAAGGCCGCGGCGAAGAAGGCGGCGCCGGUGGAGGAAGCGGAGGAGCCGGAGGAGGAGGAGCAGGGCGAGACGGACUUCAUGGACAUGUUCAGCGCGAUGCCCGCGCAGAGCAAUGCGGCGCCCGCGCAGCAGAUGGACUACGGAUAUGGAGCCAACAUGAACGCCAACGCGUACGGAGGCAUGGUGGAUCUCAGCACUCUCGCUUACGAUGCCCAGCCCCAGGACCAGCAGCAGCAACAACAGCAGCAGCAGCAGGCGUAUGGAUAUGGUGGCUACGGAUAUGGAGGCUAUGGAGCCUAUGGAUAUGGAGGCCAGCAAGGAUUCAGUGGAUACGGAUAUUAGGGAUGUUUGUUGGAAACAGAUACUA